AAAACAAAAUCAAAUCUCCUCCGUCUUUAAUGAUUGAUCAAAAUGUCAACACACAUCCAGGUUGCAGUCCAUUUCCAGACAGCCACGUUUAUUCUUAACAAUUACUGGAUCAGCACAGGGGGCUUCUAUUCUUUGGAUGUUUCAAAUGUGAUCAGCUUUAUGUUUUGAAUUGUGGAUUCAUUUUAAUAGCUGCCUGGAUUUGUUGGAUUUCAGAGCAUUUGUCGCGCUGUGAGGACGCAGUAUGAUCUUCAUUUCUACUGAAAAACAACUAUUUAUUUGUUAUUUGUCAAUAGGUCUGCUGAGUCUUUCACUGCUUACAGAAUGUGAUAAAAUUAGGCUGGUCGGGCCUUCACGUUGCUCUGGUAGAGUGGAGGUCUACCACAGGGACAGUUGGGGAACUGUGUGUGAUGAUCAGUGGAGCGUUGCCAAUGCUGAAGUGGUGUGUCGAGAGUUAAACUGUGGGACAGUUCUCGAGGCCAAAAAAAGUGCCUUUUUUGGAGAGGGAAAGGAAGAGAUCUGGCUGGAUGAUGUGCAGUGUACUGGUCAGGAGCCGUCCAUUCUCAAGUGUUCACAUAAAACAUUCGGGGAACAUAACUGUGGCCAUAGUGAAGACGCUGGGGUUGUCUGCUCAGAACAUGUGCGGAUAGUCAACGGAAGCAAUCGGUGUAACGGCAGAGUGGAAGUCUACCAUGAUGGCCAGUGGAAACGAACCUGCAGAGGUGACUUCGGCACAUCAGAGGCUGAUGUGGUUUGCAGAGAGAUUAACUGUGGCUCCCCUGCCACUCAAACAGAAGUGCUAGAUUUUGGAGAAGCAACUGACCUGGCUGGACUCAAAACCACCUGUUAUGGAAAUGAGACCUCUGUCUCACAGUGCACACUUCAAGACUUCAAGGAGACCUGUGUUGAUGCUACUCUUGUGUGUACAAACAGCAAACCAAUUCGGCUGGUGAAUGGGACCAAUCGAUGUUCUGGCCGAGUGGAACUCUACCAUAAUGGACAGUGGGGAACAGUUUGUGAUGACAGAUGGGGCAUGCAGGAAGCAAGGGUCACAUGCCGGGAGAUGAAUUGUGGAACUGCUCUUGCAGUCAAAUACAAGGCAUUCUUUGGCAGAGGUCAGGAUCAGGUUUGGCUGGACGACACUGAGUGUACUGGUCAUGAGAAAUCCCUUUCUGACUGCCCACACAGAGGUUUUGGAGAACACGACUGUGACCACAAUGAAGAUGCUGGUGUUAUAUGCUCAGAAUCAGUCAGACUGAUCAAUGGGACUGACCACUGCUCUGGCAGAGUGGAGGUCUUCCACGAUGGGCGAUGGGGGAAGGUUUGUAAUGAUAAGUGGAGCCAUGCAGAGGCUACAGUGGUGUGUAAUGAACUUGACUGUGGAGCACCAAAAAAAACUCAGGAAAGCUUUUUUGGUGAAGGCGGACUGAGAGGGUUUACAACUACAUGCCCUGACCGAAUGAGCUCUAUCGGCAACUGCACAUUUCAGGAAAACGCAGGAAGAUGUGAAAGUGUUUCUCUUUCAUGUGCAGGCAAUCCACCACUAAGACUUGUCAAUGGCACCGACAGAUGUUCUGGCAGAGUGGAGGUUCUGCACGACGGCCAGUGGGGAACAGUGUGUGAUGAUGAGUGGGACAUCAGAGAUGCUCAAGUGGUGUGCAGAGCCAUGGACUGUGGAACAGCUCAGACAGCCAAAUCUAGUGCCUUCUUUGGUCAAGGCCAAGGAGACAUCUGGUUGGAUGAUGUUGGCUGUGUGGGUAACGAGACAUCCCUUUUGCACUGCAGACAUCUCUCCCUCGGGGAAAAUAACUGUGGCCACGGAGAAGACGCCGGUGUGGUGUGCUCAGCUACCAUCAGACUCAUUAAUGGGACCAACCAGUGCUCAGGCAGGGUGGAGUUCAACCACGGAGGCCACUGGUCCUCAGCAUAUAAUGUUAACUGGGGAAUGAAUGAAGCUACAGUGGUGUGCAGAGAGAUGAAUUGUGGAGAUCCUGUCUCGUUCUCAGGAUCAUUUGGCCAAGGAGGAGAAAUGAGAGGGUAUAAAGUCAGUUGUAAUGGUAGAGAGAGCUCUCUCACUCAGUGCACACUGAGAGAAUACACCAGGAACAGCUACGACAGUGUUGAAGAGGCAGUUGUCCAAUGUUCAGGCAAUGUGAAGUUGACCGGUGGGCAGAGUCGUUGUGUUGGAAAAGUGGAGUAUUAUGACAAAGGAGAGUGGCGGACUGUGUGCGGUGAUUCCUGGGAUGUGAAUGAUGCAACGGUGGUGUGCAGACAGCUGGACUGCGGGAGGGCUCAUAAAAUUACCACGAUGACUGAGCAUGGCACUGGCACAGAGCAGACCUGGAUUGAUCAAAUUGAAUGCAAUGGCUUGGAGUCCUCACUGGCUCAGUGCCCUCAGCGUCCAUAUAGAGACAAAACUUGCAACACCACCUCAAUUGCUGGUGUUACCUGCACUGGCAGUUUGGAAGUCCGAUUGGUUAAUUACAAGGAUGAGUGCUCUGGCAGAGUGGAGGUCCGUCAUGGUGACGAGUGGCAAACGGUGUGUGACACAGACUGGACCAUGAGUAAAGCUCAGGUGGUGUGUGAGCAGCUGGAAUGCGGACAGGCGUUGACCGCUCCUGGCUCUGCCCACUUUGGCCAAGGCAGUGGAUCGAUAGCGCAAGCUAGCGAGUCGUGCUUUGACAAUGUGACAUCUCUUCAGCAAUGCUCGAUCAAAGGUUUCCAAAGUUCAAGUUGUGGGCAUGAUCAUGAUGCUGGUGUCACCUGUGCAGCACAGGUCCGGUUGGCCGGUGGCACAAGUCAGUGCUCUGGAAGAGUGGAGGUCUUCUAUAAAAGCCAGUGGGGAACUGUGUGUGAUGAUGAAUGGCAAAUUGGCAAUGCUGAUGUUGUGUGUAGACAGCUUGGCUGUGGUCAUGCAGUUUCUGCUCCGACAAGUGCCCAUUUUGGUAGAGGCAGUGGCCCAAUAUGGCUGGACAAUGUGGAAUGUACAGGACAAGAGUCUGCUAUCACACACUGUACGCACAAUGGUUUUGGAGAGAACAACUGCGGGCAUGGUGAAGAUGCUGGCGUUAUCUGUUUAGGUGCCCUAGAAAAGCCCCAGAUCACUUUGAAUCCUUCUCCAGAAGUAAACUGGGGUGAAAAAGUUGAAAUCACCUGCACUGUAGUAUCAGAAAACUUGGGUGGGACAUUCAUCCUGAAAAAGAUAGAAGAUUCAUUUAAAGUGGAAAAGUACUCUGACCACGAGGCUGCAACCUUCACCUUCCCUGCAGUGGACUUCAACCAAAAGGGGUCAUACUUCUGUGAAUAUCAAAAGAAACUGCCCAAUCAAGUCAUCAAUUAUCCUCAAGGAAAUACCGCAGAGCUCUCUGUCAUAGUGAAAUUGGAGACGCCCUCAAUCUCCCUGUCAUCUCCUCAUGCAAUGGUGAUCUACAGCCCGGACAAAACAUCGGUCACGCAAGGAAGCAGCUUCGCUAUCACUUGCUCCACUCAUUCCAGAUAUGCUGGAGGAGUCUUCUAUCUGACAAAGUCGAACAUGAGCUCUGAAGUGAAGACAGCAUUUGGCCACUCUAUCUUCUACCUGGCAACCUUUGAAUUCCCUUCAAUUGAAUAUAACGACCAAGGAGACUAUCAGUGUGUCUAUGCUGUUAAUAUCUCCUCUUUGCCCUUCUGUUCCGUUCCCUCUAAGACACUCCAAAUCAACAUAGUUGCUGCCACAUCCUCAGUUGUCUCUGGAGUUGUGAUAGGGCUAGUGGUGGUGCUACUCGCGCUUGUUAUUGGUUACCUGGUCUGGAAGAAGAGAAGUGAGGUUGCUGGUACCAUAGUUCAGUUCAGUAAUCAGCUCGGAGGAACAAUAAAACAAGAUUUUGAAGAAAGAAGCAAUGCAACAUUCGAUGGAAGAGGCCACAAUAGCAGAGUGAAUGAACAUGGACACAGUCCUGGCCUUGAGGAGAAGAAGGCUGAUGCUGAUUCCGACAACGCUGAGAGGGUCCCCGAAGACCUGGCUGGGAGAGUGUGCUAUGAGCUUGAACCACUCGUCCUCUCGUGAUAACAGAACAACUUAAAGAAUAACCUAUGCUAUGCAGUUUCACUAAAUUUCGAGGGCAACAUAACACUGAGCUGAAAAAAAGGCUUUUGCCGCUCAAGUUGCAGAUAGCUGCACACAAAACUGAUGUCUUGGCGUAACACACUGGAGUGCACUUCAACAUCAUGGCAGCAAAGUGAGACGUUAAAGCACUGGAGUUCAGUGAAAAGGGACCUGUUUUAAGUGUGUCUUUAUGCCUCCUUUUUAAGUAAACAAAUUUUCACCUCAUGGAUGCUAUGUCAUUUGCUUUUAAAGUUUUAGAAAAUAAACUUGGUGGAAAUUGAAAUGGUGAUUUUCAAUAACAUACAUGACACUUUGUAAACAUAUGAAAUUUAUUCCUGUCGUGAUUUUUAUUUUUUGGGGAUAUUCUGCCAAUCACAGAGCAAAAGUUUACUCGCCUGCAGGAAUGUGCAGAUAAUUGUCUUUGUAUUGCAUUAUAAUUUUUUUUAGUGUGACUGCUGAUCAAUAAAUGUGUAAUUCUUACAAAA